AUGGCAACCCAGGCGGAGCAGCUACCCCACCUGCACCUGGCGGAGCUCACCGCGGCGCAGUUCAUCGACAUCUGGAAACAUUUUGACACAGACGGAAACGGCUACAUAGAGGGGAAGGAGCUGGAGAGCUUCUUCACAGAGCUGGAGACUGCGAGGCGAGGCGCUGGCGUGGAUCCCUCACAUGCUUUGUUCAAGGAAAAGUUGAAAGAGUUCAUGGCCAACUUUGACAAAAACUCUGACGGCAGAAUUGAGAUGUCUGAGUUGGUCCAGAUUCUGCCAACAGAGGAAAACUUCCUGAUCUGCUUCAGAGAGUUUGUGAGAUCCAGUGCUGAAUUCAUGGAUGCUUGGCGGCGGUACGACACUGAUCGUAGCGGAUACAUCGAGUCCAAUGAGCUGAAGGGUUUCCUGUCGGACCUGCUGAAGAAGGCCAACAGAGACUAUGACGACAAGAAGCUCAACGACUACACACAGACAAUACUGAGGAUGUUUGACCUGAAUGGUGACGGUAAGCUGGGCCUCUCCGAGAUGGCGAGGCUUCUUCCUGUCCAGGAGAAUUUUCUGAUCAAGUUUCAGGGUAUCAGACUCACCGUUAAAGAAUUUGACUCGCUCUUCGCUUUCUACGAUAAGGAUGGCAACGGCUACAUUGAUGAGCAGGAGCUGGAUGCUCUGCUGAAGGACCUCUGUGACAAGAACAAAAUGGACCUGGACUCGACCGGGCUGGUGGACUACAAGAAGAGCAUCAUGGCUCUGUCCGACGGGGGGAAACUGUACCGCACUGAGAUGGAGAUCGUCCUGUGCCGGGACUCCACGCUGUGACCUGCCUGCCUGCUUGCCUGCCUGCUUGCCUGCCUGCUUUGCCUGCCUGGGACCCUCCUGUCUUCCUGCACUGCUUCCUCCUUCCUACCUCUCUAUGUAACCCGGUGCAUGUGUGACCUCUCGCCAAAAACACUUCCAGUAAAGACGAAAAGUGCGCCUGAAGGCACAGAAAACACCCGCUGAUCUCGCCAUUUUUAGACUUCUGAAAUUCUUUUCUUUUAAGACAUAAAGCUGUGUAUUUACAUUUUAUCGGCAACUGAACAAAUAUUGUGUAUUAUGCGUUGUAUUUUUAAAUGAUUUGCAUAUGUUCUCCGUAGGUUUUAAGAGGAAUAACUGUUCUGUAGCAUCUCCUUGUUUGGAUUAUUUCAGGUUAAUUUGUCAUAAUGUUCUUGUUUUAUUUAUUGAGGCUGGUACUGUUCUAUAGAAAUAUAUAAAUGAGAUAAUAAAUAAAUCGACCAUAAAUCCAGAAGCCAUCGCAGCGAA